AUGGAUUUGAAUGCAGUAAAUAUACAAAAAAUCAAAGCUAAGGCUCACCGUAUGAGCCGCCGCGAUUCUGGUGGUAGUGCCCGCUUCAAUCCAUUCAGGCACAUCGCUUAUGGAGCGCCAAAGAGAUCAAGCACGAUAGAUGCAGCAGAGCGAGGAUUACCAGCCGAGGAUGGCGACACAGCACAACUAGGUCCGUCUACAAGUGCACCAGGGCGCCUUUUAACGCCUGUCAAUCCGUCGGCGCGGAAUAGUAGAGAGCUAGAAGGCAGCCAUGCGGUUGACCAUGCGGAUCAGGGCGAGACAUUUGUGUCCCAAGCGACAACCUUCGGAAACGAUCAGGAUGGCAGUAGUGUGCGACAUCGUGGUGCCCAAGAUAGUAUUCUAAACAAGUCAGGAACUCUCGAAGAGGACGAAAAACCCAAAAAGCGAGGCACCGGUGGUUUCUUCAAGCAUGUCGAACCUACUGAGCCAUUUACCGCUUGGAACCAAAUCCAGCGUGUGUUUUUCUGUUCCCCGAUCAAUAUCCUUCUCCUGGCCGCGCCUGCAGGUAUAAUUCUAUACUUUAUUGGCUUUGACGGCAGGGUGGUAUUCGGCGUCAACUUCGUCGCCAUCAUCCCUCUUGCUGCGAUGCUAAGCAAUGCUACCGAAGAGAUAGCCAUGCGAACAGGAGAAGUCCUUGGAGGAUUGAUUAAUGCGUCUUUUGGAAAUGCUGUUGAGCUGAUCGUGGCCAUCAUUGCUCUUACAAAGAAUCAGAUUAAAGUUGUACAGACAUCUCUGGUUGGCAGUAUUCUAUCCAACCUGCUUCUCGUCCUAGGUUUCUGUUUCUUCUGCGGUGGUAUUAAUCGUCGAGAGCAAUACUUCAAUACUACUGUGGCCCAGACCGCUGCCAGUUUGCUAGCCUUAGCUGUUGGAAGUCUCAUUGUGCCCACCGUCUUUGCGCAUACCGACGAUUUUUACGAGGGUUCUAUCCAACUAAGCCCUACCGCCGUCCCGAGCCUAUCUCACGGUGUCGCCAUUAUCCUAUUGAUCGUAUACGCUUCGUAUCUUUUCUUCCAGAUGAAGACUCACGUAACUUUGUUUAACGAAGAGAGCCAGAAGGUUGCAAGCAAGCCGAUUUUUAAGAAGGGUCUUCCGGAGAACGCCAUUGCUUCCGGGAUUGCGAGAGCCGGGUUCGGAGCUACUCAUGCUGGUGUACAUGACGAAGAGGGCAAACUCAGCGAAAUAAUGAUGAACCCUCUUGGACACGUGGAUGAUGACGAAGAGGAAGGGCCUCAGCUCAGUUUUACUGUCGCAUUUGCUACACUCAUCGGCGCUACAGUUAUCAUUGCGCUUUGUGCUGAGGGCAUGGUUAGCGGUAUCGAGGCCAUUACUUCGUCUGGCGCCGUUAGUGAAGAGUUUGUCGGUCUUAUUCUCCUUCCGAUUGUCGGUAAUGCUUGCGAGCACGCAACGGCCGUUACUGUCGCCAUCAAGGACAAGAUGGAUCUUGCUAUCGGUGUGGCUAUUGGAUCGUCUAUGCAGGUCGCCCUUCUUCUCAUUCCACUCCUCAUCAUCAUCGGUUGGGGUAUGGGUAAUCAAGAUAUGACUCUGGCUUUCGAUACGUUCCAGGUCAUAGUUCUCUUCGUCUCCGUGCUUUUAGUCAACUAUUUAAUUGGUGACGGGAAGAGUCAUUGGCUUGAAGGUCUUAUUUUGAUAUGCCUCUACGCCAUUAUCGCUACAUGCGCAUGGUUUUACCCUACAAUUCCCGAAAGCGCGUGA